AUACUAAACGCAAAUGUCAUGUGCGGUGUGAGUGUUAAGCUAUGUUUCUCUAUUGCGAAAAAUUUCGAAUUUCUUUAGCGAAUAGCUGAAUAUUAGGUAAAAAUAUUAAAUGUGAAAAUGGCUAUCUGUUUACGUACAUUUUCGCAUAAAAUACUACCGAUAAAUGGAAUAGUUACUACCAAAAAUCAUUCCAAUCGAUUGUCUCGGAAAAUUCCAGUGCGAACACAGUUUCUGGAAGAUUUUCUUAGUAAAAGACGCAUAUCUAGUUGCCGAGUGGCACCAAAAUGUACGACGGAAAGUACCAUCGACGACAUUUAUGUUCAAGAAGUUCCUAACGCCGAUAGUUACCUAACCCGAAACUUAAACGAAAAGUCGAAACCAAUAUUCAUAGACAAUAAAGAGGCAAAUGCAGCUAUCGAGAAUGUAGAAAAUUAUAUGAAUUACUGCACAGAUGGAAUGAAAACUUUAAGUUUGACUUGUGAUGAUUAUGUAGAACAGAAAAAUUCUUAUAAUUCAAAUCAAAUGCCAUCAAUAAGUAUGAAUGAUGUUGACUUCUCAAAAUGUAAUGAGGACAUAGAGCCAACAUGCCUUUCGGACUUUGAACGUGAUGCUAUUGCAUACUGCAGUGGACCCUCUACUUCUGCACAAAUGUCACCAACUAGUUCUGAAGCUAGUGAUCAAGAAAAACCAAGUGAAGAGCAGUUAAUGAAAAUAUUUCAUACCUUAUCAAAUACUAUGCCAAGUUUGUUUGUAAAGCCAUUGGACUACUCAAUCUAUCAUCCAAAUUUAGUUUUUGUUAAUAAUAUUAGGGGUGUGACCACUGUAGGGCUGUUCCACUAUGUCAAGCAAGUAGCACUUUUGCGGACAGUGGCACACAUUAAAUUUGCUUAUGUGAACUUUGAAAUAUUGAAGAUAACAGCACACCCAGAAGAUUCUUCUAUUAGGAUGAGAUGGAGAAUCAGAGGCAUUUCUGGUCUUAAAGUAUUCUUUAUGUUCUGGAAAUACAAACUGUGGAACUUGAAGGAGGUUUUCCAAGAUCAAGAGCUGUGGUACGAUGGUUUUUCCACAUUUUAUGUUGGUUCCGAUGGUCUCAUUCAGAAGCAUGUAGCAGAUAAGGUGAUGCCGGAUCAAGAUUCAAUAGUAGAUGAUGAAGAAAAAGCACCAAUAGCUGCAAAAAUAGCUCUACUUAUUGGUCUUCUCCCUCGCAAUUAUCUCUCUGAUGUGUCUCCGUACUUCACAACAUCGUCAGGCACCUCUGAUUGCACUUCACAACCAUUUAAAGUCUUAGAAUAAUAAUUAAUCUUAUUAUAUAAAUAAUGUGUGAUAACUGAUAAUUAAUCUGCAAAACCACAAUUGUUAACAUUUUUAGAGCAGGGAUGAAAUAUCAUUUUUAUAUUUAUUGUUAAUUAAAUGAUUUUUUUGACAUUACUUUGCAGCUUUGCUUCUGCGAAUUGCAAAUAUAAAAAUUAUAGUAAUAUUUAUAAUCAAGAUUUGCAGUAUUUACUGUAAACUUAGUGAUGUUUAAAAAUUAGUAAACGCCUUUAGCUUAUAUAGAUGUUAUGUA